AUGUUAUUCAAGGUACUUUGUCUGCUAUCUGUAGCCGUUGCGGUAGUAUCCGCUCAUGGACAUUCUUCUCAGUUCGUCCACAAAUACGACGGACACCAUGAACCCGUACACCAUGGACAUGGUCACCAUGACUACUAUACUCAUCCUAAGUUCGAGUUCGGCUACAAAGUAGACGACGACCACACGGGCGACCACAAGUCGCAGCACGAGCACCGCGACGGUGACGUCGUCAAGGGCCACUACUCGCUGCACGAGCCUGACGGCUCCGUCAGGGACGUGCACUACCACGGCGAUCAUCACAGCGGAUUCCAUGCUGACGUGAAACACAGCAUUCAUCACAUCGUUCCUCAUCACCAUCAUUACUAA